CCGGGGCUGUCAUCGUCCGUGGGAUCUAGACAACCCCAAAGUUUCCUUUGUCGUCGUGACGUUGCCUCGACUUACUCCCUCGGAUUUCCGUUCUGUCAAUACUAGCCCUGUCAUGAAAUGAGUCUCACUCACCAAUACACCUUAUCUCUACUCAAAUAAUCACGUAGUCGUUUCUCUCAUCCAGAGACGAGGCACACUAUGUAUCGACAUAGAAUAGCAUGGCUGGCCUGUACCACUGGUCUGCUGUCAUCGACUAUUCGCGCUCAGGACGAUAUCUUUGGACCAAUCGGCGGCGGAUGGGGCGGAUGGAUAACUAACCAGGUUAAUUCAACGUUGUGUCAGUGGGGUUCGCUUCGAGUUGCAACACUAAAAGAUGUCGUCUAUCUGGAUGGCGGCGACCAAAGAUUUGUCGCGGGUCUGAGCGACGGAACGAUAUCAGCGCCUCUUUUCUCAGACGACAAUCCACUUGGACUUAUCUGGACAUAUAACUUUAGUACCCCUUUCGAUAAAAGCACAAAUUUCAGCUCAAUACUUGGCACUUUACCAAAAGGCGCGGCAACCAGCAUUGCACCCAACUACGAAGAUGGAGCAUUGCUUGCUAACGAUGCCGAAUUCUUUCUAUAUGGUGGAAUGUUCAUAGCAACAUCGACACAAUCACUGCCGGAUGGCAAAUCGGUGCUAGGAUAUAUGGCAUCGGAGUACAAUGACAAUGGCCGCCCCUUCCACGUACAAUUUCGGUCUGAAGAUCUCCCUGAUGGCAUGACCCGGUUUGUCACUUUCGGUGCAGGCGCCAAUGCCCCAUCAGAGAAUAAAGCGUGGUAUUUUGGUGGAUAUCGUUCCGAAUCCUGGGGUCAAAUAUACAUCGCAAACUCUACCACCAAUCCUACAAAUGUGUCGAACACGUUUAUGACACUCGAUAUGGCUGUGCAGCAACAAGAAGUUUGGACAAACACGACCCUACCAGUCGGAACGCAGAGUCGUGCAGGUCCAUCCAUGGUAUGGGUUCCUGUUGGUGAACAAGGUAUACUUGUGGUAGUGGGCGGUGUCACAUAUCCCGGAUUUGACAACGAUAAUGGGACGUCUCAAAACGAGGCACAGAGUAAAAUUGAUAGCCCAUCAUUCAUGUCUACAAUUGACGUAUAUGAUGUUGCCGGCGACAAGUGGUAUCGACAACCAACGCAGGGGGCUCCUCCCGCAUUAACUAGGGGGUGCGCUGUAGUUGCUACCGCACAAGACAAAUCCAGCUUCAAUAUCUACUAUUACGGAGGGUAUGAUGGCAUUAGUACUACUUCGGAUUUCAAUGAUGAUGUAUGGGUACUUACGCUCCCGAGCUUUAUGUGGAUGAAGGUUUCCGGUGGCACACCGGAGCACGCUCGAGCCGGACACCAAUGCGUGAUGCCAUAUCCGGACCAGAUGAUCACUAUUGGAGGUAGCACCUCCACAAAGGGUGAUAGCCUCAAAUGUCUCGACGGGGAGAGCCCAUCAGUGCUUCAGGCUUACAAUCUUACCCAGGCGGCGUGGAUGGAUUCCUAUGAUCCGAAGAGCUGGGAUGAGUACGGUGUCCCCGAGAUGAUCCACAUGAUGAUAGGAGGAAGCUACUCCGGCGGCGCAACUAUGACCGCUCCAUCUCCUGGUGGUUGGGCCACACCCGCGCUCGGCAGUGUUUUUGGUACUCCGUACAACACGUCAAAAAUAACGACAUAUUAUCCGUACAGCUCCGUCGGCCCCGGAAACGGUACUCGCGACGCGGCUCACAGCGGUGGCGGAGGAGGCACACCUGGUUGGGUCGGUGCCGUAAUAGGCGUGGUUCUCGGUGUCGCCCUCAUCACGGCCGUCGUAGUUGGUAUCAUCCUGUACAGGAAGAGAAAGUUUUUGAAGAAGAAUAACAACAUCAGGAGCGACCAAUCAACAGACGAUAACGGCAACAGCAAAGUCAAGUCCUGGAUGCAAAAUAUGCAAGGCAGCAGAGCGCCAACCGUAGAUGCCGAGGACGCCCGAACACAGUUCGACGGUAUGGAGAGUCGGGGCGUCUCGCCAGGUCAUCCAGAGAUGGGGAACAUGUACUCACCCGCCGAAAUGCCAGAUACGCCUCUCGUACCCAUACAAGAGCUCAUGGGUGACUCUCCGCGUCGAGCCGAGCUCUCAAGCGACACCGGAAGCAUCCACAACGCCGGCUUCGUAGACCCGAAGCAGAACCCCUUCGCCUCGAACCCAAACACACCGCACUCCAUCACCACGCCAACCACCCAGUUCCCCUUCGGCAGCACCGUAUCGCACGACCACGCCUCCAGCAUCGGCUCCCAGGGGCCGCCGCCACGGUACACGCAGAGGCCGGACUCGCCGCCGCUGGGGACCAACGACGCGCAGUACGGAUCCAUCGCCGGCAUCGCCGUCUCCAACAACAACAGCAACAUCAACAACAACAACUCCGGCUCCGACGUGCACUCGAACGUGGGCGGUGCAGAUACUAGACCGCGUCCGCCAGCCGGGUCGAAUCCGAACCGCAACACGGUGCUCAGCGGCGUAAGCGGCUUCAGCGACCGCGACGCCGGACACAUGCGCCAGGCCAGCGAUACGACGGUGAGCUCCGUGACCGUGGACGACUCGCACCAACAGCACCCGUCCUCAUACCAGCAGCCCCAACAACAUCAGGGGGUCUUUGAUGGGCAGAACAGCCCGCCGCUGCCGGUCAGUCCGCCGAGCGUGGAUACCAUGGACGGCGCGAACGAUUACAUCAGCCACCAGCACUCGCAGCACUCGCGGAAUGCGCAGGGAGGGAGCACAAGCAGUCCGAACCGCCAGAGCAAUUUCAUCGAGAGCGAGGAUGACUUGGGGCCGGGGCGCGGAGAGGCAAGGUGAUUUUGAUCGGAGAUCUAUAUCUCUCUUGAAUUCUGAACACGAAAAAAAAGAAAGAAAAAAAAAAAAAACACAAGCAAACUAAUGAAUUUUCCGCGACUUUUUUUCUUCAUGAGUUAGCUAAAAACUUCCUUUCCAUAUCUAAAGUAUAGAUACCAUGGCGUUGUUUCUCAUCUGGCUAUUCGAGAAGGAACGGGUUUUUUUGGGCUGGGCUUGGGGCUGGACCGGGAUAGGAUAGGAAAGGAAAGGGAGGCGAUGUGUUAUUUUUCCCCGUAUAUACGUACAUACGAGCCUGCUCUGAAGGCAGGACAUGUCAUUUUGGAUAUGUGAUAUGGAUAUGGAUGAUCGGACGCAU